ACUCGGAAUGACACCUCGGGCGCUUUCUGUUUCCUUUCGGUGGCGUCGCUCGCUGCUGAGAGUCUUCGCUCUCCCCUCCUCCCCCGCCCUCACUUUCCGUGUCUCGUUUCUCGCCCUCCGCCGCCGGUCUCCGCCCUCCACCGCCGGUCUCCUCCCUCCGCCGCGUCGCCGCCUUCAUCGCUUCGGAUCGGGUUCUCUGCUGCCGCCUCCGCCCGCCUAUCCAUGACUAUGAUGACUCCUCCCCCCUUCGAUCAGGAGGACGACGAGAUGCUGGUCCCUCACCCGGAGUUUGCUGGCGGUCCCCAGCCAAUGGAAGUAGCUCCAACCGAAACUGCUACUACUGCCGAAACCCAGCAAGUGGAGGACCCUCCAUCGUCCAGGUUCACUUGGACGAUCGAGAAUUUCUCUAGACUGAACACCAAGAAGCACUACUCAGACGUCUUUAUCGUGGGGAGCUACAAAUGGCGGGUGCUGAUUUUCCCGAAGGGAAACAAUGUAGACCAUUUGUCUAUGUACCUGGAUGUUGCGGAUUCAGCAACCCUGCCGUAUGGCUGGAGCAGAUAUGCACAGUUCAGCCUGGCUGUGACCAAUCAAAUUCACAACAAGUAUACAAUAAGAAAAGACACCCAACACCAAUUUAAUGCCCGGGAAAGUGAUUGGGGCUUCACAUCUUUCAUGCCGCUAAGUGAACUUUAUGACCCAACUAGAGGAUAUCUUGUGAAUGAUACUCUUGUUGUUGAAGCCGAGGUUGCUGUUCGCAGGGUGGUUGAUUACUGGACUUAUGACUCCAAAAAAGAAACAGGUUAUGUCGGUCUCAAGAAUCAAGGAGCUACUUGUUACAUGAACUCUCUUCUCCAAACUUUGUACCAUAUUCCAUACUUUAGAAAGGCUGUGUACCAUAUGCCUACAACUGAAAAUGAUAUGCCGUCAGGAAGCAUUCCUUUGGCCCUGCAGAGUCUUUUUUAUAAGCUUCAGUACAGUGACAGCAGCGUUGCUACAAAAGAGCUGACCAAGUCUUUUGGAUGGGAUACAUAUGAUUCUUUCAUGCAGCAUGAUGUGCAAGAACUCAAUCGGGUUCUUUGUGAGAAAUUAGAGGAUAAAAUGAAGGGAACUGUUGUGGAGGGGACAAUACAACAGUUAUUUGAAGGCCACCAUAUGAAUUAUAUUGAGUGCAUUAAUGUUGACUACAAAUCUAGCAGGAAGGAGUCUUUUUAUGAUCUUCAGCUUGAUGUCAAAGGUUGUCGGGAUGUUUAUGCUUCUUUUGAUAAAUAUGUUGAAGUUGAGCGUCUUGAAGGAGAUAAUAAGUAUCAUGCAGAACAAUAUGGCUUACAGGAUGCUAAGAAAGGUGUUCUUUUCAUUGAUUUUCCCCCUGUUUUGCAACUUCAGCUGAAACGCUUUGAAUAUGAUUUCAUGCGAGACACCAUGGUCAAGAUAAAUGACCGAUAUGAGUUUCCACUGCAACUAGACCUGGAUAGGGAUAAUGGCAAAUAUCUUUCUCCAGAAGCGGACAGAAGUGUCCGCAAUCUUUAUACUCUACACAGCGUUCUCGUUCAUAGUGGUGGGGUGCAUGGUGGACAUUAUUAUGCUUUUAUUCGGCCAACUCUCUCUGAUCAUUGGUUUAAGUUUGAUGAUGAGCGGGUAACAAAAGAAGAUAUGAAGAGGGCACUAGAGGAGCAGUAUGGUGGUGAGGAAGAGUUGCCACAGACAAAUCCUGGCUUCAAUAACACUCCAUUUAAAUUUACAAAGUAUUCAAAUGCAUACAUGCUGGUUUACAUUCGUGAGAGUGACAAGGAGAAAAUAAUAUGUAAUGUAGAUGAGAAAGACAUUGCUGAACAUCUUAGAAUAAGAUUGAAGAAAGAACAAGAAGAGAAAGAACACAAGAAGAAGGAAAAGGCUGAGGCUCACCUUUAUACCAUCAUAAAGGUUGCUCGAGAUGAAGAUUUAGCUGAACAGAUAGGAAGGGAUAUAUAUUUUGACUUGGUGGACCAUGAUAAAGUUCGCAGCUUUCGUAUUCAGAAACAAUUGCCUUUCCAUGCUUUCAAGGAGGUGGUGGCUAAAGAAUUUGUUAUCCCAGUUCAAUUUCAGCGUUUUUGGUUGUGGGCUAAGCGGCAGAACCAUACAUACCGUCCCAACAGGCCAUUGAGUCCUCAAGAAGAAGCACAAUCUGUUGGACAGUUGAGGGAGGUAUCCAACAAGGCACAUAAUGCAGAACUUAAGCUGUUUUUGGAAGUGGAGCUUGGACUGGAUUUACAUCCUCUCCCUCCACCUGAUAAGAGCAAAGAAGACAUACUACUUUUUUUCAAGCUUUAUGACCCUGAGAAAGAGCAGCUUCGAUAUGUGGGGAGACUCUUUGUGAAGGCUUUAGGAAAGCCAUCAGAAAUACUGACAAAAUUGAAUGAACUGGCUGGUUAUUCACCUGAUGAAGAAAUUGAACUUUAUGAGGAAAUAAAGUUUGAGCCAAGUGUUAUGUGUGAACAUAUCGACACAAAACUCACUUUCCGUUCUAGCCAGCUUGAAGAUGGUGACAUCAUCUCUUACCAGAAAUCUCCUGCAGUAGAAAGUGAUGACCAAUUCCGCUAUCCUGAUGUUCCUUCUUUUCUGGAAUAUGUUCGUAAUCGGCAGGUUGUGCAUUUUCGGUCAUUAGAGAAGCCAAAGGAGGAUGAUUUUUGUUUGGAACUGUCGAAGCUUCAUACUUAUGAUGAUGUUGUAGAAAGAGUUGCUCACCAUCUUGGUCUGAAUGAUCCAUCAAAAAUUCGGCUUACAUCUCAUAACUGUUACUCUCAGCAGCCCAAACCUCAGCCCAUCAAGUAUCGGGGUGUAGAGCAUCUCUCAGACAUGUUGGUCCAUUAUAACCAGACUUCUGACAUAUUGUAUUAUGAAGUGCUGGACAUCCCUCUGCCAGAAUUGCAGGGUUUAAAAACUCUGAAAGUUGCAUUCCAUCAUGCCACAAAGGAUGAGGUUGUAAUUCAUAGUAUUAGACUACCAAAAAACAGCACCGUGGCUGAUGUGAUUAAUGACCUGAAAACAAAGGUCGAACUGUCUCAUCCUAAUGCUGAACUCCGGUUGCUAGAGGUCUUUUAUCACAAGAUCUACAAGAUUUUUCCACCCAAUGAAAAGAUAGAAAACAUAAAUGAUCAGUACUGGACAUUGCGUGCAGAGGAGAUCCCAGAGGAAGAGAAGAACCUUGGUCCACAUGAUCGCUUAAUUCAUGUUUACCACUUCACGAAAGAUACGAGUCAGAAUCAGAUGCAGGUUCAGAACUUUGGAGAGCCUUUCUUUUUGGUUAUUCAUGAAGGUGAAACUUUAGCUGAGGUUAAAGUGCGGAUCCAGAAAAAACUUCAGGUUCCAGAUGAGGAGUUCUCUAAGUGGAAGUUUGCGUUUUUGUCAAUGGGCCGCCCUGAAUACCUUCAGGAUUCAGAUAUUGUGUCUAGUCGUUUUCAGAGAAGAGAUGUCUAUGGAGCCUGGGAGCAGUACCUUGGGUUGGAGCACUCAGACACUGCUCCCAAAAGGGCUUAUGCAGCAAAUCAGAAUCGUCAUACAUUUGAGAAGCCAGUGAAAAUCUACAAUUAGAAGUUAGCCAACCCCCCUCCAGGGAAAUUUUUCCUAAACAUAUGCCAUCGCAUCUGUUUGUACCAAUUGCAAACAGGAGGAUGAAAUGUCGAUCAUUAAUUACAGAGCAGCGGCUGAGAGGUGGGGUUGCAAGUUGGUUGAUGGGGGAGCCUUUUAGACUGCGAGAUAAGAUGGUGUUUUUAAUCUGCGAUACUGCCUAUUUUGGCUUUUUGACCUGUUCUUUAAUCAUGGCCCCCACUAGGAUAGAGGUUGCCUUCAUUUCCAGUGUAAUUUAGUACAUAAAAAAGAUUUUGGAUUAGGGCCUAUAUACAGGGUAAAGUUGGUUCCGACUCUUCUGUUGUUCAUUCUUGCUUUGCCGGCUGUCUUGCAAAGUGGGGGUUGUAUAACGUGGUGAUUGGUGUAUGUUUAAUGGCUUCCGGUUUUAUCAGAUAUUUGUGUAAAAGAAAACCUUCCCCCGCUUGAAAUGGUAGCCUGUAAUUUUUUAUAAGCAA